GGGCAGCUUGGGGUUCCUGCAGCAGCCACUACCCUGCCCAAACCCUCCCACUCCCCAGCCAUGUUGGUUGGUACCCCUCACCUGCUAACACUGGAUGAAGCUGAUGCCACAUGGACCCUCAUCAAAGAUAAGGUCAUUGAGGAGCGCUUUGGGUCCAAUGUAGUGGCGGUACCGUUCCUGUCAGAUGCAGCCUGCUAUGACCUACUGGGUGUGCUGGUGAAACAGUCCCGCCCAGCCCACACCCGCCUGGCUUUGCCAGGUCGACAGGGUCGGAGGGCACUGAAACCAGUGGGGCCUCUGCCAAGCCUCCUGGAGCAGGCAGGAUCUGAGGGUGCCUUUGCCCACUGCACUCGGGAAUACUCACCAAACGGCCGGGCAGAGAUUGCCUAUGAAGAGACGCGACUGUUGGAUGGGCAGCCCUGCCGGAUCCGCCUACAUAUGGGUGGCCUACGUAAGAAGAUUGCCUUCCUGCUGCUGCCGCCAGGGCAGGUGAGCUUACAGCAGACUCUCCCCUGGCUCCGGAGCAUCCACAGCAUUUAUGUUAUCUACCAGGUCUUCUCCUGCUCCUGGCUGCAGCUGGGACUGUUGCCCACAGCCAGUGAGCCCCAGCUGCUCCGGUUACAGCGGUCACUACCUGUUGCCUUUUCCUGCCUCAAGUUUUCAUUGCAGCCCAAGGGUGUGCUGGGACCACAAAAAUCUCUGACUAAAGACCCACUGCCCCAUGGAGUCAACUGGGUCAGACCCAACCUCAGCAUCAUGACAACUCUGGCCCCCACAUCAGCACCUGCUGAUAUCCCCGAAGCUGCUGAUGUACCCCCACCUACCCCAGCCCCGCCAACACCUCCUCCCCAGGAAGGGCCAGAGGGAAGACCCACCAGAUUCUCCUACAAGGGUAGAAACCUCUUCCGGAGGGGGCCCCAGAUGCUGUCAGAGAACUGGCUCUUCAGCCCCCGCAGCCCCCCACCAGGAGCCCAGGGUGGGGGACCCGGGGAUCCCGACCGGCACUCCAUGUCCCUGCCCCUGCUGCAGGGUCUGUCCUCGGAGUUCGACAGCGACGACUGAAGCUGAGGCAAGAGAUGCAGGGGGCAAAGCCCCCAAGAUAUGACAUAGGGAUACUGGUCCCCAAUAAACAUCAGCUGCUGCUCCCCCAAA